GUUUGCACAACCGGUUUCUGCGUUCUGCCAAGCCAAACGUUCAAGUAAAAUCAAGUAAAAGUUACUGCACUUUUUGAGCCAAAAAACUUCAUUGUAGUCGAUCGUUUUAAUCAUACAGGAGAUAUGCUUAUCGUAGUUAAGUUAAGAAUAUUUCAAGCUUGAAAACGUAAAAGUGAUUGAUUCGAUGCCGGGAUUAAUUGGUGCUCUGAAACAAUUCAAGCGCCUAUUUUGCCCCGUCUGUUAGGUUAUGUACGCGGCUGAUUUUUACUGCGUAGGAUAAACAAACAUCUAAUCGUGUUCAGGUGGAAAUACCGAAUUGUCCAAAAUGGUACUCAGCGCUGAUUCGACGACAUCGAUCCGGAUCGUCAGUGUGGAUCAUUAUAUGCAGAAACCGGAAUCACAGUUGGAUACUUGCUAUUCGGAAUUUAGGGGAUGCGAGGUGAAGCAGGUUCCAGUGAUUCGAAUGUUCGGAUCAACGUCGGAUGGUACACAUAGCUGUGUCCACAUCCAUGGGGUUUUUCCAUACCUGUACGUUCCGUACGAAGGCUUCGCCACCGAUACACUGGCAGUCGAUUGUUUGAUGUAUCAACUCGCUAGCGGUCUGGAUAAGGCUAUAAAUGUGUCCCUUGGCGUCUCCAGUUCCACCAGGUCGCAUGUUUUCCGGAUUGCGCUAGUCAAGGGCACACCAAUCUACGGAUAUCAUCGAAAGGAGCAUCUUUUUCUUAAAAUUUAUCUUUACAAUCCGCAUUUUAUUCGAAAAGCCACUAACCUGCUGAUGAAUGGCGUUAUUUUAUCGCGGGUGUUUCAAACCUACGAGUCGCAUAUUCCCUUCAUCUUGCAGUUUUUUAUCGAUUACAAUUUGUACGGAAUGAGUCUUCUGCGUGUUCCAACCGAGGCAAUCCGCGAGCGGACAGGCUCGGAACAGGGUUUAUCGAAAAUGUCUACCUCCGAGUACGAAAUUGACAUUCAGGCAGCGGAUAUUCUGAAUCGUACCACAAUGUAUCAGGACAAACAAUCGGAGUAUGCUAACCCGGGAAUAGCCUCGAUUUGGAACGAUGAAUGUGCUAGAAGGAGUUUGCUAGCUAUGGAGCUACCGGUGCCUAGCAGUUUGUCGCAAAGUGGUAAAACGGAAAUUGUAACCGAAAGUGAUCGAUUUUAUCGGAAUCUACUGAUUUCUAAAUUGACCGAGAAACAGCGAGUAACGCAGCCGUCGCAGACGGAUACUAAACGAGUGAAACCGCCGGUUUCGUUCUAUCCUUCCGAGAUAUGCGAUGAUGAACAGCUGCUUGAUGCAUCCUGCAUUCAGGACCAUAAAAGUUUUACGCAACAUUUGUCUGCAAACGAUUCAAGCUCAAGGUUUGACUUUGCUGAGGAAUCCGUUGAUGAAGAUCGCAUUAUCAGCAUGUCCCAGAACCCGGAUGUGACAUUUGUCGAAGAGGACCAUGAGCUGUUAGAUAUUAUGAGAGAACUAGAGGAGAACGAAAACAACGAACGGGAAGGGGAUAGUUUGCUUGCUCCCCUAACACAGCAGAGUCAAAAUCGGAUUACUUGUACGGCUGGAAGUUUAGCUGAGCUUUCACAAACAGGAAACAGACAACUCAACGCCACUUUGAGUGGUAAUUUGGAGACAGUUUCUUUGAUGGAAAACCGUACAGAUGAUAGUGAAGUCGCAGAACUGGAGCGACUGCUUUUAGAAGAUUCGUUAGAUUCGGAUGAUGAGUUUUUGCUUGAUUACACUUCGAAGCUAGAUUUGCAAACGGAGAAAGCAGAAUCGUCUUCGGGUACAAACCUACUCAACGCCAGUGAUGACGAAAUUCUUAUGGGAAGUAUUCCGCAACUGGACGGGGCUGUGGAUGACCUAGUUUCUACACCGAUAAUCAAACGCACUCGAUCGAAUGGCACUUUUGACAGUCCACAGGUUAAUGGAUUUCAUAUGAACGGCCAUGAGCCGCUAACGAAAAGAGCGAGGCGCUCUCGGGAAUUGAAAAUACGAGCGGAGAGUGAAUCUGUCAAGCGUUCACUUUCCAACGGGUCCCAUGUGGGUACACUGUCACCGAGCUCGAGAAAAAAGCUUAAAAUUGAACAAAACGGUUUGCCUUUAACGAAUGGAUUAGUGACUCCAGAAAAGCGAUCUCCUCCAAAACUAAGAGAACUUAAAAUAAGAGUAUCCAAAAUGGACCUCUCGAGCUACCGUUUGCCUCCGAGUGAUUCACCGCAGAAAGACAUGCAACGACGUGAUCUCUCACCGUACGAUGAAUUUCGGCUGGCCCGCGAGUAUGACCUGGCGAACAAUUGGGACCCCCAUGAAGGACUAUCAUGUGGUGCAACAAGCAGACGAGGUCGUCGUGGUCGCCCAAAGAAACCCAAACAUCAGCAGGUUCAACAGGUCAAACCGAAACGCGGAUCACCACUGAAGGCAAAACCGGAGUUCGAAGAGAUUGACGUCAUUUUAUCACAGAAAUUUCAAAACAUUAUCAAACUAUCACCAAAAGUCCUUCUGAAACCGCUCAGUCAGCUACAGAUGGCCCAUCUGAAAGACCCUCCGAGUCAGAGUGAAAGCAAUACUUUUGAUGUUGCGAACAUAUCAGACCAAGAAUCACGCUCAACCUGUGAUGUGAAGUUGCUACAGCCACCGGAAAUUCCAAUGGAAACAAACCAAAUCGCGGCAUGUUCACCAACAGCCGCAUUUCAACCAGAGACCGAAGAACAGGACGAGAAUGACGAUCUUAAUAUCGAAAGUUUCUACGAGAAAACGUUGGCGUUCGACGACUUCGAUGAGAUUGGUUCACCUUCCGACGAAAGUUUGUCAAACUAUCAGAUUGGACCAAUUGAGGGCUGUGCUAACAAGGCGGCAAUCACGCUCCAGGAGAAGCCUCCCUCGUUCGAGGAUGCACUCAAGGCGAUACAAGAUUUUGUGAUUCCAAAGGUUGUCCACCAAGAGCCAUUCUACGGUAAUCCGGCAGAUAUAACGGGUAGGAAAGAGGUUGGCCAUGUAGUGUUGAAUAUUGGUGGUAAUAGCCUCAAUGAUUUGGAAGAAUUCCGAAGUGUUGUUCCCGGUUUAAGUUCGAUCAAUCAAGCUCGUUACGAUAAAUUAUGUUCAAUCUAUGGUGAAGAUAUAGAUCAGGUUAUAGCGGACCCCACGUCCCGUUUGGGUAGUGGCAAAAUCAAAGAACUAAUGGCUUCCAACCGGUCAGUAGCCAUUCAUCUGGCUGCUAAACCCCCUACUAAACAUGAAGCUAAAGUCUGGCUUGAAGCAAUGGAAAGCAUGAAAUCCGCGAACCCGACAAUUGCGGUUGACCAGGACAGCCCAAUCAAGGUGAAAAAGAUGCAAGCAAUUAUGGUCGGCGAGGAGGACGCAUCUGCUGCGGAAUCACCUACGAGCCGGAAAAUCGAUCACGAUAGCGAGCUAAAUUUAAGCUCUUUGAUUGUCGCCGAUAGUCAGCUCGAUUGCAGCUCUAGAAAAUCGCUUGUUUCGAAAAUUUUCUCCAUGAAUACCAGGUCUUCACCGGCGUUUGUUGUUGAUACCUCGCCAGCCAUGUUGUCCCCUUCCAGUGCAGAUCGCUCCCAACUGCCAAGCUACAGCGCUCGGCGGAGACAACGCAAAAAUGCCAGCAAAGCCAGACUGUCACUUAGUAUGACGUUCAAACGACUACGGAGUGCAACGAAAGCUGCUGCUGUAGCGGAAGAAGAAACCAUUGCUAAUGGCCUUUUAGAAAAUGAAAAGACUUCGUCAUUCGUGGAGGAUGGAAUCGAUGUUAUUAAUUCGUCGCAGACUUGUUCCACUAGUCAAAAGUCGAUCGAAACCGGAUCCGAUCAAUCAACGCUUCCUCACAGCGCAGAAGUCGCAUCGAUGAAACAGCGACUGCUAGCGGAGGAGCCGAUGAUUGCCGAUAGCCAGGCAGUGAACAAUAGUGGAAACAUUUCCACCGUCACCCAGCUGAACAACACCUGUGGUUUCAAGGUCAACUUCGAGAAUCUCCAGAAAGCUAAGGCUACCUGCGAGUACAACCAUCUGACGAUUAUGUCAGUGGAGAUUCACGUGCAGACGCGAGGUGAGCUCCGUCCGAACCCGGAAGUGGACCCCAUUUCGGCUAUCUUCUACCGCAUACACAACGACGUUCCGGAAAAUCAUCGACGGGCACCUUCCGUGUGUGGUAUAAUUCUUAACCGUGACCAUGUCGAUGGCAGCACCGCUGAACCGACGUCUUUCAAGUACAAUAAGUGCGUCCACAUGGCCGAUGUGGUUACGGUGGCGAACGAGCGGGAGCUGUACGAAAAGUUUCUGGUGCUUAUAUCAUUCUGGGACCCGGAUAUUUUCGCUGGCUACGAGAUUGAGCAAGUCUCGUGGGGUUAUAUAAUUCAACGCGGAUACACGCUCGAGAUGAAUCUGAUGAAGAUGCUAUCAAGGGUACCUACGGCGGAGAAGGUUCACGUGUCGGAGGAGGAAGAGCAAGAUUUGCUGGAGAUGCACGAGUAUAGCGCCGGGUUGAAGAUACCCGGCAGAAUUCUGCUGGAUAUCUGGCGGUUGAUGAGACACGAGAUCGCUUUGACUUCGUACAGUUUCGAAAAUAUUGUGUACCAUAUUUUGCAUCGCCGUGUUCCGCGUCAUUCUUUUCGACUGUUGACAAGACUGUGGAAUAAGUCCUAUUCAAAGUGGGUUGUUUACGAGUAUUAUUUGGAACGAGUGAACGGGAACUUGGAAUUGUUGCAACAGCUAGAUUUGAUUGGUCGAACUGCUGAGCUGGCGAAGCUUUUUGGUAUUCAGUUUUACGAAGUCCUGUCGAGAGGAUCUCAGUUUCGGGUGGAAAGUAUGAUGCUGAGAAUAGCAAAGCCGAGAAAUUUUGUUUCCUUAUCGCCAAGUAUACAACAGCGGGCGCACAUGCGAGCUCCCGAAUAUCUACCGCUGAUUCUGGAGCCAGGUUCCCGGUUCUACGCGGAUCCGUUGAUCGUUUUGGAUUUUCAGAGUUUGUACCCGAGUAUGAUCAUUGCCUAUAACUACUGCUUUUCGACUUGCCUCGGAAGGGUGGAACAUUUGGGAGAAUCAGACUGUUCGGAUGGGUUUGAGUUUGGUGCAUCCCAAUUGAAGCUUUCUCGUAAACUAGUGCAAGCGCUGCUGGAUCAGAAUUUGCUAACGAUUUCUCCGUGCGGAGUUGCAUUCGUAAAACCCUCCGUUCGUGAAGGUGUCCUACCGCGGAUGUUGAAUGAAAUACUAGCAACCCGUUUGAUGGUGAAGGCUUCGAUGAAAUUACACAAGGAUAACCGAGUGCUGCAACGCGUACUUCAUUCGAGGCAGCUUGGGUUGAAGUUGAUUGCGAAUGUAACGUACGGUUAUACGGCGGCAAACUUUAGCGGACGAAUGCCGUGCGUUGAGGUUGGUGACAGUGUCGUCAGUAAGGGGCGCGAAACACUCGAACGGGCAAUCAAAAUGGUGGAGAGUACCGAACGAUGGGGUGCGAAGGUAGUUUAUGGUGAUACGGAUUCGCUGUUUGUGCUGUGCCCCGGCAGGACCAAAGAAGAUGCUUUUAAAAUCGGGGAAGAGAUUGCUGACGCGGUGACGCGUGAUAAUCCACCUCCGGUUAAGUUGAAGUUGGAGAAGGUCUAUCAGCCUAGUAUUUUACAGACCAAAAAACGUUACGUAGGAUACAUGUACGAAACCGCAGAUCAGGAGAAACCCGUAUACGAAGCAAAGGGUAUCGAAACCGUCCGGAGAGAUGGCUGUCCGGUGGUUGGAAAAAUGCUCGAGAAAGUCCUACGCAUCCUAUUCGAAACGCGGGACGUGUCGAAAGUCAAAGAAUACACAUGUCGUCAGUUUACGAAAAUUCUAGAGGGACGAGUCAAUUUGCAGGACUUUGUUUUCGCCAAAGAAUUUCGUGGGGAAGACGGCUAUAAACCGGGUGCCUGUGUACCGGCUUUGGAACUGACCCGUCGCUGGAAGUUGGUGGAUCCCCGCCGAGAACCUCGCCGCGGAGAACGUGUUCCGUAUGUGAUAGUCAACGGACCGCCGCUGGUACCGUUGAUUCGACUGGUUAGAAGCCCCGAUGAACUGCUUGCUGACAAUGGGCUGAAAAUCAAUUCCAAUUAUUACAUAUCGAAAGCGAUCAUACCGCCCCUGAAUCGAUGUCUUCUGCUGAUCGGUGCCGAUGUCCAUCAGUGGUACAAUGAUCUACCGAGAAAAUGUCUUAUGUUGCACAAUACGGGCGGCAAAAGCGCCUCGUUGGCUAGUGCUUUACAGUUGCCAAAAAAGAGCACCAUUUCCCAGUAUUUUUCAACAACAAGCUGUAUAGGCGAUUGCGGUCAGCAGGCGCAUCGGGGGGUCUGCAGUGCCUGCUUGCGAAAUCCACAGCGUACCGUGUGCUAUGUGAUGGACAAAAUUAACCGACUGGAGCGCAGAGUUGAGCUUGGCGAGAAGAUGUGUAAAUCCUGUUGCCAACGGUCCUUUGAAACUGCAUGCAUUUCAUUAGACUGUCCGAUUGUUUUUGUGUUGAAUCAGCGCAAGCGAGAACAUGAGCAGGUUCAGUACUAUCGAGACCUGCUAGAAGAACUGUUUUGAAGGUAGGCAAUUAUUAGUAUAUUUAUUUAUUAUUCUCUUAGCUCUUGAUAGAAAAAUAUACAUUAA